AUGCAGGCGAGCGGCGAGCCGGAGGCGCUGGUAAACGUGUCCGCCGAUAGGCAGCGGCCGGCGGGCUGGCUGGACACGACGGCCGGGGAGACCGCAUCCGUCGUCAACGGCAGCGGGGGCAACAUCUCCGUGGAUCUGCGCAAGGGCGCCGGCCACCUGAACCUGCCCGUGCUGCUGCUCUUCGUGGUGGUGUUCCUGACCAUUGCCGGGAAUGUUUUGGUCAUCCUCGCCGUGUCGCUUGAGAAGAAGCUUCAGACGGCCACCAACUACUUUCUCAUGUCGCUCGCCGUAGCCGACAUGCUGGUGGGCAUCCUAGUCAUGCCCAUCUCGCUGCUCAACAUCCUAUACGGGUUCAAGUGGCCACUUCCACUGUCUCUGUGCCCCGUGUGGAUUUACCUGGAUGUGCUUUUCUCUACCGCGUCCAUCAUGCACCUGUGCGCAAUCUCCCUGGACCGCUACAUCGCCAUCAAGAAGCCGAUAGAGCACAGUCGAUUCAACUCCCGGACCAAAGCCUUGCUUAAAAUCCUCGCCGUCUGGGUGAUAUCCGUUGGCAUUUCCAUGCCGGUGCCAGUCCUGGGCCUGCAGGACCUCGCCUACGUGUACACGGACGGCAGCUGCCAAAUGAACAUCUCCGACUUCAUCAUCUACGGCUCUCUGAGCUCCUUCUUCCUGCCGCUCAUCAUCAUGGUGGCGAGCUACGUGUCCACGACGCGCGUGCUCAGGCAACAGGCGUUGCUCUGCGAGGGCAUGAACGGCUCCGUCGGCCUCCCGGGCGGGGGGCCCUACGUCGCAUUGUCGUCCCUCGACGGGGUCCCCGCUCCUCCCGACACCGCCCUCUUGCCGCACAGGGCGGGACGUGCUAAGAGCAAGAGCGUGACGCCUUCGCAGAAGCGGACGAUGCAGGCGAUAACCAAUGAGCAGCGUGCUUCCAAGGUGCUCGGCAUAGUCUUCCUGCUAUUCGUCGGGAUGUGGUGCCCGUUCUUCAUCACAAACGUGCUGUCGGCCCUGUGCCCAGCGGACGCGUGCAACAGGCACGCCAUGGCGGCGCUGCUCGACGUCUUCGUGUGGGUGGGGUACGUCUCGUCCGGAGUCAACCCGCUCGUCUACACGCUCUUCAACCGCACGUACAGGCAGGCCUUCGCAAGGUACAUCGCGUGCAACUUCAAGACGCCGCAGAAUGCUGCGGCGGCGUCGCGCGGAAUGAACCGCGAGCCGUCGCACAACGCGUCCAUGCUGGCCUCGGCGCGCGACAGCCUCGUGCCGUCGUCGUCCACGCCGGGAUUCAGCUCCUCGUACUCCUUCCAAAGCCUCAUCGGCAACGCUCGCUCCCCCAACGGGCGCCAGCUUCCCGCCGGUCCAGAGCGAGGCGGAGACGCCGCCGCCGCCGCCAUCACGCGAAGCGGCUCCGUCAGCGCAAGCGCCGUGGCGGACAGCCGCGUGUAA